AUGCCCCCGCCAUGGGUGGACGACCGCAUCGAGUACGACCAGCUAAGAAACCUCUGCACGGCGAUUGAGAGGCCCAGGAUCAACAACGAGGACCUCGAUCGUUACCAGAAAACCACAGAGGCCCACGCCCUGCACCUUCGCGACGAAUUCUGCAGGCAGCGACACGUCUCUGAUGAUCUCGCGGCAGCAGCGAUCCGCAUGCAGCUUUCCCAUUUCCUUGCAGGGGCGUGUAAGCAUGCCGUGAAGUUCUCAAAGUCCCGCGCAGUUCUGCCGGAAGCUGAUGGACAUCUCGGCUUUCUGGACCGCAGCAGCAAGCUCACCAGGGAGGUAGCAGAGCCUGCUCCGCCGACUCCAGAUGCAGGGCCGCAGGCUUUACCGCCGAAGCCGUGGUUUGGCGCGCAGGAAUACGUGCUCUUCGUCAUCGCACCUGGCUCCGCCUUUGUGGCACUGGCCUUCGUUGUCUUCCUGCGUCACUUCGAGGCGAGGCAGACACCGAGUGGCGAGGACGGAGGAGACCUUGAGGUUGUUGACCGCGAGCCGGAAGGACUUGAUGAGGACGUGUAUGGUGCCGGGAUUGCCGCCUUGGUGCGUGACUCCUACAGCAUGAUCGAUGGCAAGGGCGAUUUUAUCCUCCGGUGUUCACGCUUGGCCAGCAGCUUCCUGCUUAUGGCAUUCGUGGUGUUCUUGCAGAUUUACUUGAUCAAGCAAAUGCAGGCCCUGGUGGCCAGUCGAGCCGUCACAGAGAUCCGCAGUAUCUACGGCAGGUAUGAGUUCGUGAUGUACGGUGCAGAUGUUACUCACAACUACUUGACCCCAAAUGGUUUCCCUCGUGGACUUGAUGAGAAGUACUUUGAUGCGUCAAACUUCGCGCGUCUCACUGGCGAUGAGAAAGAUUUGGCUUGUAACAUCCCCUUCUCACAGAUGCAGAUCCUGGUGCCAAUCUUAUUCAUAUGGACCCUGACAAUUGUCGCAGAUCUCCGUCGCUGUGGAGAUCUGUUUGUUCGCCUUAUUUUGGCCACGCCAACGAUUACUUCCAUGAAGGACGCUGUGGUCGAGGGCGAUGGAGAGUGCGAGAUCAUCGUCGGCUUGACUAAAGAAGUCAAGGCCAUGCUGCUGUCAACAUGCAUGAUCCCGCGAUGGAUGAUUGAUGUCUACUUGCUGUGGCUCGGAUGCCGCUGGCUUUGCGCCACGCCGAAUUUCGGAGACCUGCUCCUGAAUUCCGUUGCCUUGGAGUUCGUGGUGCUUUUGAAGGACACGCUCUUCAUAGGCGUGGUCCCGGAUCGCAACAAGCGAGCGACACAGAGUACGCUGAUCCAGCCGUGGCAGAAGCAAGAGCGCGCAAAUUACCGAGUCUUCCUUUCAGCUUUCGUGCUGGUCCUGGUGUCCUUCUCCUGGGUAUUCUACUACAUCUACCGCUUCCAGGCCGUCCUGCCAGACUACAAGUGGGACGUCCAUGAGGUCUGCAAGAGCUACAUCCAGUCGAUUACAUCUGGCAAGUCCAGAUAG